AUGGCACUUGAGAAAAAAGAUCUGUACGGUAAAUACAACUUCUUUGUUAUGGCUAUAAAGACCCCUGACCAUUAGGUCCAGUCAUGGCCGACUCUGGGGUUGUGGCGCUCAUCUCGCUUUAUUGGCCGAGGGAGCCGGCGUACAGCUUCCGGGUCAUGUGGCCAGCAUGACUAAGCCACUUCUGGUGAACCAGAGCAGCGCAUGGAAACGCCGUUUACCUUCCCGCCGGAGCGGUACCUAUUUAUCUACUUGCACUUUGACGUGCUUUUGAACUGCUAGGUUGGCAAGAACAGGGACCGAGCAACGGGAGCUCACCCCGUCGCGGGGAUUCGAACCGCGACCUUCUGAUCAGCAAGGUUUAACCCACAGCGCCACCUGCGUCCCUUUGUUAUGGCUCUAUAUGGCUAUAUUUUAGUUGUGGGGAACGUUUGGCCCUCCAGAUGUUGUUGGACUACAACUGCCAACAGCCUCAGCAAGCAUGGUCAGUCGCGAGGAAUAAUGGGAGUUGUAUAUCAUAGUAGCAGAGAAAGCAGUUUUCAUGAGAGCCCGUCCACACCUCUUGAGAUGUUCUGGGAACAAGGCUUGCAUGGUAAAAAUUAGAUACACCAUACAUUUAACGCCAAGGCCAGCCCUAACAUUAGGCAGUGAGAGGGCCAUUUCGGGCUUCAGAUAUUCCUGGGUGGGUGGAGGGAAGAGAAGACACAUCCCUGCGUACUAUUAUGUUUGCCCUACGUCCACUAGGUUAGCCUGCUCUCAGGUAUGGUAAAGGAUUUUGUCCCAUCACCACCGUUUGGUUUUUGCAAGUGGAAUGGGGUUUCUGUAUGUGGCAUGUGGGUGGGUACAUUUUAUCCAUCACCUCAAGCAGCCCUGUUUGUGUCACCAUAAUAGUUCCCGAAAUGAACCUACAGUUAACGACCUGGUGAAUAAAUACUGUAGAUAGGUCUGAGAACAGAUCAAAAUCCACGUCUUCCAUGUUUCUUCCUAGAUUAUCCUUGGGAUGAAUGCAAUGAGAAAUCGAUAGAAAUAGACUUGAUGCAGUUUGAGGAACUCGAUGCCUAUGCACAGAAGGUACGCUGUUUCUUAUUGUGAUAUAUUUACAAGUGGAGUAAUAGUCCUGCCUAUCAGGGUUUUUUUUAAACGUGGAUUUGGAUUCUAAGAGUACCUUCAAGUGUGCUCUCCUGAGAAGAGGCAGCUUCUUAUGUCCACUUUGAAGGUCACAAUGGGAAGCAUCAUGAGUCACAAGACUCUGUUUUGCGCAUGAUUAACACAACAAAGGGACUGUUCACGUAGGCUGAAGACUAAUAAUAAUAAUAAAUUUAUUAUUUAUAUUCCGCCCAUCUGACUGGGUUUCCCCAGCCACUCUGGGCGGCUUCCAACAAAAGAUUAAAAAUACAUUAAAACACAAGUCAUUAAAAACCAGGGAACCAGGCAGAGGGCCUUCUCGGUGGUGGCGCCUGCCCUGUGGAACGCCCUCCCAUCAGAUGUCAAGGAAAUAAGCAACUAUCUGACUUUUAGAAGACAUCUGAAGGCAACCUUGUUUUAAUGUUUGAUGUUUUAUUUUUUAAUUAUUAUUAUUCAUAUUCUGUUGGGAGCCACCCAGAAUGGCUGGGGAAACCCAGCCAGAUAGACAGCGUAUAAAUUUAUGAUGAUGAUGAUGAAUCCAGGAGUACCCCCAACUAUUACCUGGCUCCUUCAGGGGGAGUGCAACCACAUGCAGAACAGGAAACCUGUCAAUUUCUAGAACAUGAGAACCACCCACCAAGAUACUCCAUCGCCCCAGGAUUCAAACACAGUUUAUUGUCCUCCAUCUAGUCCACCACUGCAUCCCGACACUGACCCAUUCUAACUGCUACCAAAUCUAUUUACCUUUUGUGAAACAGGUGAAUGUCAAGGAUAGCGUGGAAAACCUGGUGAGCGUCUUGCUCCAAAAAGCCCACAGUGACCUGGAGAAAGUCCGAGCCAUUUGGAUGUGGAUUUGCCAUCAUAUAGGUGAUUUGUCACACAAUAAACUUUUGUUAUUUCGUUAAGGGAAAAAGACAUAUGUUCAUUGAACUGAUUGCUCACUCGCAUCUUCUGAACGUUUGUAACCCACACGUGACUCUUGCAGACCCUUGUUCACUAUGCAUUUCAUGCUUUGGGGUGAUAUUUCAUAAAUGUGUUUAUUUCUCUAGAAUAUGAUAUGGAAGCCUUCUAUGACGAAGCCAAGAGGACUUCAGAGGCAGCAGAUGUCCUGCAGUCAGGGAAAGGAAUUUGUACAGGAUAUUGUGGACUCUUUGAAGAAAUGUGCAGGUGACUUCUGUCAGCCCCAGUUAUCGGGUCAAGCAGUGGUUUCGUGGCAGGGAUGAUGGGAGCCACAGGUUCCUCAAUGGUUUGAAUGUUCCUGAAGCAAAUUUGCAUAUAUAGGGUUGUGUUGAAUUAAGCUUUGAGCAGAUCCACUGAAAUCAAUGGACUGUUUCUUGGGGAGAGGGGGCGGGCAGGUGUGGUGGACACCCUGGUCCUGAAUGGGAUAACUGGACCAGGUGCAAAGGACCACCAUGCUUAUAUAGCAGGCAUGCAGAACCUUUGGCCCUCCAGACAUUGCUCAGCUGCAACUCCCAUCAGGCCAAGCAAGCUUAGCCAAUGGCCAGAAAUGACGGGAGGUAUAUUUCAGCAACAUCUGGAUGGCCAAAGAUUUCCUACAUCUGUAAUAUGAAACAAAACAAAAUAAAUAAAAUUAAAUUAAAAAAUAAAGAAAUUCCUUCCGGUAGCACCUUAGAGACCAACAAAGUUAGCUAUUGGUAUGAGCUUUCGUGUGCAUGCACACUUCUUCAGAUACCACACAAAAGUUCAUACCAAUAACUAACUUAAAGGGACCCCUGACCAUUUGGUCCAGUCAUGACCAACUCUGGGGUUGCGGCACUCAUCUCGCUUUAUUGGCCGAGGGAGCCGGCUUACAGCCAGCAUGUGGCCAGCAUGACUAAGCCGCUUCUGGCGAACCAGAGCAGUGCACGGAAAUGCCAUUUACCUUCCCGCCAGAGUGGUACCUAUUUAUCUACUUGCACUUUGACGUGCUUUCGAACUGCUAGGUUGGCAGGAGCAGGGACCGAGCAACGGGAGCUCACCUCGUCACGGGGAUUCGAACCGCCGACCUUCUGAUCGGCAAGUCCUAGGCUCUGUGGUUUAACCCACAGCGCCACCCACGUCCCUAAUAACUAACUUAGUUGGUUUCUAGGGUGCUACUGGAAGGAAUUUUUAAAUUUUUAAAUUUAAUUUAAUUUGUUUUGUUUUGUUUCGACUACGGCAGACCAACACGGCUACCUACCUGUAACUUGUAAUAUGAAAGAAAGAAAUGAAGCAGGCUGUGGUCACAGUCGGGUCUGUUAGCACUACUGAGCCAUGGCUUUUCUGAAAAGGAAAGUAGUGGUCCCAGGUGACACUCAAAAUAAUUCUAUUUUCUCCAUCACAAUCCCACAAUGCACACCCCUAAUGAGGCAGACCGGACAGGACAAGUGUGAAAUGCAAUGAGCUGGGAAGGCUGUUGUUUGGCUUCUGAAAACAGCACAGUGAAGGAGGAUCUCGUUCAAAAAGAAAAUCAGCGAAAGCAGCCGCAGUCCCUUGAUCACAAUGGUGUUCCUGAAUACCUUUCUUCCCUUCUCAGUAUUGCAGGGAUACAGUGCAAGACGUUAUCAGGCUACUGCAUAGGGUAUGGAUACAAAGCAGAACAGGUCAUUGAGGAAUAUAACAGUCAUGUCUGGAGCACUGUUCAUCUCGAUGGAAGGUGGCACCUUUUGGACAGUACGUGGGGAAGUGGCUCUGUGGAUGACAAGGGCAACUUCACUUUCAGGUAUGUUGUUAGGCAGAAAGAAGAAGAAGAAGAGUUUGGAUUUGAUAUCCCACUUUAUCACUACCUGAAGGAGUCUCAAAGCGGCUAACAAUCUCCUUUCCCUUCCUCCCCCACAACAAACACUCUGUGAGGUGAGUGGGGCUGAGAGACUUCAAAGAAGUGUGACUGGCCCAAGGUCACCCAGCAGCUGCAUGUGGAGGAGCGGAACCCGGUUCCCAAGAUUACAAGUCUAUCGCUCUUAACCACUACACCACACUGGCUCUCACCAGUGUGGGACACAACAAAAGCAUAGCUCAAUUCCGUUGCUUCUAGAGAACUUUCCCCACCCCCCUUAGACUACAUCUCAGACUUGGUGAUUUGACAGCCACAGGGCUGACUAUUAUAUUCCAGCUAGAAUUAUUAUGAAUUAUUAUAUGCCUCUAGAAUUAAGCCAUUGGCAUGGCGUGUCACGGUGGCAGGGAGAUUAUGUAAACUCCUCCAACCAUCCAUUUAUCCUCUUGAGUGGUUCUAGAGUGUUACAUUUACCCUGGUGAUCCUGGAAGCUGGGUUGUUGUUUGUCAACCUAGUGCUGUGUUGGACUACAACUCCCACUGCCCCUAGCUGGGUUUGAUGGGAUUUAGAGUUCGGCAACAUCUAGAGCAGCGGUUCUCAACCUGUGGGUCUCCAGAUGUUGUUGGACUGCAACUCCCAUCAUCCCUGAGCUCUGGCCUUGCUAGCUAGGGGUGAUGGGAGUUGUAGUUCAACAACAUCUGGGGACCCACAGGUUGAGAAAGGCUGGUCUAGAGGGAAUUAGAUCAAGGAAGGGUCAUACAGACCUUUAACUGUGGCUAAUGUUAGCCAUGGUUUGUUUAAACAAGCUAGCUAGCUAAACGAUAGCUCGAAGAUGGCUUGUCAAGCCAUAGUUAACAUAAAGCGCUGUUUGUCGGAUUUGGGUGAGACAACAAACUUUGGUUAAUCUAAACCAGGAGGUCGUUUCCAAACCCUUUGCAGGUGGGCAGGGAUGGAGGGGGGUGGGAAGAGUGUGAGCCUGAGGCCCGCUACGGCUCAUUCUCAACAUGCUAAAUUAUAGGUAAAGGUGAAGGGACCCCUGACCAUUACGUCCAGUUGUGACCGAAUCUGGGGUUGCGGCGCUCAUCUCGCUUUAUUGGCCGAGGGAGCCGGUGUACAGCUUCCGGGUCAUGUGGCCAGCAUGACUAAGCCGCUUCUGGUGAACCAGAGCAGCGCAUGGAAACGCCGUUUACCUUCCCACUGCAGCGGUACCUAUUUAUCUACUUGCACUUUUUGGCAUGCUUUUGAACUGCUAGGUUGGCAGGAGCAGGGACCGAGCAAUGGGAACUUACCCCGUCGCGGGGAUUCAAACAGCCGACCUUCUGAUCGGCAAGCCCAAGAGGCUCAGUGGUUUAGACCACAGUGCCACCCGCAUCCCUUAUGCUAAAUUAGAGUUCUACUUGAAAUCUGAAUGGGGCAUGUAAAUAUUCCACACUCAUUCUUCGACCGCUUUGCCUGCUUCACCCUGGUUCUGAUAUCAGAAACAUUAUGAAAGACUGCAUGAUUCCACGGUCUUCUUUUGCAGAUACAGUGAGUUUUACUUCCUUACCCAUCCUGCUCUGUUUAUUGAGGAUCACUUCCCAGAUGACCCCAGGUGGCAGCUUCUGAAACAGACGCUAAGGCUGAAUAUGGACGGAUGUGACAGCUAA